AUGAAGUACCUCCCUGCAUUUGUAGCUGUGACUGCGCUGGCUGGCCAGGCAACGGCACACUACAUCUUCAGCAAGCUCGUCGUCAAUGGCGAAGUCUCUGCUGACUGGCAGUACAUCCGUCAGACCACUCGUGACAAAUGCUACAUGCCAACCAAGUUUACCUCUACCUUCGACAACCUCACCCCAAACGACAAUGAUUUCCGCUGUAACCUGGGCUCAUUCAGUCACGCCGCGCAGACCGACGUCGCUGAGGUUGUCGCCGGCGAUACCAUCGCCAUGAAGCUCUUCUACGAUGGCACAAUUGCCCAUCCCGGCCCAGGCCAAGUGUUCAUGUCCAAGGCACCAACCGGAAACGUUCAAGAGUACGAAGGUGACGGCGAAUGGUUCAAGAUCUGGGAAACAACCUUCUGCGACCCCAAAGGAGAUUUGACCAAGGAUGCCUGGUGCGCGUACGGAAUGUCGCAGUUCGAGUUCCAAAUCCCCGCCGCCACUCCUCCGGGCGAGUACCUCGUGCGAGCCGAGCACAUCGGUCUGCAUCAGUCGCACAUCAACCAGGCAGAGUUCUUCUAUAGUUGCGCUCAGAUCAAAGUCACCGGCUCCGGUAGCGGAAGCCCCAGCCUCAUGUAUAAAAUUCCCGGCCUCUAUAACGACAAGAUGACUCUGUUCAACGGCCUAAAUCUGUGGAUGAACUCGGCGGACCAGAUCGAGGAGGAUAUUCUGGAUACCCCAAUCGGAGAUGAGGUGUGGAUUGGGAAGGGGUCUGCUUCUUCUGCUUCUUUGUCCUCUGCUACUCAUCAGGUUGCUGCUGCUGCUACCACU